CAGCGAUCAAGACAGGGGGCGUCUCACCCCUUCUCCGGACGUCAUCGUCCUCUCGGACAACGAAGCCUCCAGCCCUCGCUCCAAUUCCCGCAUAGAAGAGCGGCUGAAGGCAGCCAACCUGGAAAUGUUCAAGGGGAAAGGGGUCGAGGAGAGGCAGCAGCUCAUCAAACAGCUCCGGGACGAGUUGCGGUUAGAGGAAGCCCGGCUGGUGCUGUUGAAGAAACUACGGCAAAGCCAGCUGCAGAAGGAGAACGUAGUACAGAAGACUCCGGUUGUCCAGAACGCAGCAUCUAUAGUCCAGCCAUCUCCUGCCCACGUCGGACAGCAGGCUCUGUCCAAACUCCCCUCCCGACCUGGAGUUCAAGGGGUUGAGCCCCAAAACCUCAGAACAUUACAGGGUCACAGUGUCAUCCGAUCGGCCACCAAUACCGCCCUUCCCCACAUGCUUAUAUCCCAGCGCGUUAUUGCCCCCAACCCCACACAGCUUCAAGGGCAGCGCAUCCCUCCCAAACCAGGCCUGAUCCGCAGCAGCACGCCGAACAUGAGCCCUGCUAUCAAUUACCAGCCGGUGAGUAACGGGAAGCCUUCCCGUUUGGAGAGAAAGGGAUGGAAACACACAAGAGAAUAG